UUUCAGUAUGUAAACACGCGGGAACGUCAAAAUGUCAACAAAGAUUAAAAGUCAAAUUUCUUCUACUUUUAAAAUGCAUGGCCUUUCUCUUCGAAGUGAGGCCAGCAGGUAUUUGGUAGAUGUUUUCUCACAAGUUGAUGAGGAUGAGUUCCAGGAAUGGCUGGAUAAAAUCAUUGAGAUUGUUCAAAAACAGCCUUUGUCGUCAACGCUGGUAGAUAAGAACAUAUGUGAGACAGCUGUACAGGAGUGUAAUGCUGAACACAGUGAUGAAAGCGACAAUGUAUUUACUGUGAUAGAUGCCUUCUCUGUGCCAAGAUUCACAUAUCAAAAAGACAGAAAGAAGUUUAUACCAAACUCAACUCUGGGAAUUCCCCCUCCCUGUCUCCAUGGCAGUGCUAACGACAAGGCCAGCCUGUACAGAGAAAGAUACACAAUUCUCCAUCAGCGGACGCUACGGCACGACCUGUUUACCCCACCAGCCCUGGGCAGCACUCCCAGUGAAAGCAAAAAGUUUCAGUUAAAGCCUAUAGAAUACUUGCUGGGUACGACGGCGAAGCUGGGAGACGUGAUUGUCCUCGGGAUGCUCACACAACUCAAGGAGGGCAAAUGGUACCUGGAGGACCCGACUGGAGUGUGUCAGAUAGACCUCACUAAGGCUAAAUUCCACACUGGCUUGUUCACAGAGAACUGUUUUGUGCUGGCUGAGGGCUGGUAUGAAGAUGAUAUGUUCCAUGUCAAUGCCUUUGGCUUUCCCCCACCAGAACCUGCAAAAACAACCAGGUCGUUUUUCGGGAAUGUCAACUUUUUCGGUGGUCCCAGCAGUACGAGUGUGAAGGCUUCCAGUAAGCUACAGCAGAUUGAAGCGGAAAACCAGGAUGCCAUGUUUAUUGUCUUGUCUGAUGUCUGGCUUGACCAGAUCAAGGUGAUGGAUAAGUUGAAGACAUUAUUUAAUGGCUACUCUAAUUUUGCCCCCACCUGUUUUAUAAUGUGUGGUAACUUCCUGUCCACUCCACUUGGGACAAACCAUGCAAAAGUCAUGAAAGACUGCUUCACAAAGCUAGCUGAAUUGCUCAGUGACUAUCCAGAGCUUGUCCGAGGCAGCAAGUUUGUGUUUGUUCCUGGGCCCCAGGACCCUGGACCUUCUACAAUUUUACCCAGGCCUGCUAUUCCAAACUCUGUCAUAGAAGAGUUCAAAAAGAAAGUUCCAUCUUCGAUAUUCACCAGUAACCCUUGCCGAAUACAAUACUGCACCCAGGAAAUAGUUGUGUUCCGAGAGGACAUUGUAACAAAGAUGUGCAGAAACUGUGUUAAGUUCCCGGAGGAUGGUGACGUUCCCACUCAUUUCACAAAGACGUUGCUGUGUCAGGGUCACGUGACGCCCCUCCCCCUUCAUGUGUCCCCCGUGUAUUGGCCAUAUGACUCUGGGCUCCGUCUCUACCCUCUCCCGGACCUCAUCAUCUGUGCCGACAAACACGACCCCUUCCACACUACAUCCAUAGAUUGCACUGUUAUGAAUCCUGGUUCAUUCCCUCGUACAGACUACAGUUUCAAGGUGUACCUGCCUGCUACUAAACAGAUAGAGGACAGCAAGAUAGAAGGCUGACAUGGGAUGUGGGCUUGGAUUAUGGGGGAUUUUAUUUAUUAGUGCUGAAACACAUCUUGUGAGGUUGUGCCUUUUUCAUCUGGGGUACAUUGGAUGAAACAAUGCCUCUUGUCAUCUUUUGAACUUGCUAUCUAAUAAUAAACUGAUCAAAAAUAUACAAUGAUCUGUUAGAAAAGGGAAGGGCUAUAUAUGGAAUUCUGUAUUUAUUUUUAUGGUCAUCUUCUUUUGAUGAAAUAUAUGAUAUUGUUCCACAAAACAAUUAAAAAUGAGAUGAACAAGUAUCGAUCAUAGACAAAAUGAAAUAAAUGUUCUAGAUUAUGGCCAAAAACCUCAUUAGGGAGUUGAGAAUGAUCGAUAUUGUAUUUGUUGUCUUUACCUAAGUAAAUUAAUGUAAAAAAUAUGCAGUAUCACAAAACAUAGAACUCAGUUCGAUAAACUGCCUUUGUGUUUUAUAGGAUUGACUGGAGUUGUGUCUCUUUGUUUCUAAUGUCAGUCUGAGCAUUGUACCUGGGGGUUUUAACCUAGCUUUCCAAUGUCACAUUAAAGGGCCCGUUGGUUAAAAUCCAUGCAUUUUGGCUUAUCUAGGCUGUAGCCAUUUAUUGUUCACCAUGAAAAGCUAGUGUGUUUAGUGCAAGACCCGUGUCAGUUGCUGAAAUGUCAAGGUCAUGCUUAAGGGUCCUUGUAUUUUGACUUAUCCUGGUGUUCACCAUGCAUUAGAGAAUUUUAAAAUAAAUAUAGAAAAGCCAAUAAAACAAUAUGAGUUCCAUAUGCAUAAAAAAAUGUGGCUGUAUGACAUAGUUUGCACUCAAGAAUAUAUACCGUAGGGCAUUAAGAGUUACAUUGUCCGUCUGUACAACUAUCCACUUGUUCAAUUUGCCUUAACCUUUUUAUUGCGCUGAUUGAAAACCUGGGUCCCGUUUCAUUGUAAUGUGUCUAGUUGUUAAGUUUUAUCACCAUAGAAUACAAGUAAUGUGUGAUUUUUUAUGUAUUUACCUAUCAAUUAAUGUGUAAUUGCUAGCGCUAUGUUUCUGAACAUUUUUGCUUAUCAUACAUUUGUAUUUUCAAUGCUUAAGAUAAAUGGCAAUGGCUGCAUCCUUUUUUUCAUUUAUUUUAUUUUUAUGACUGAAAAUCUUACAUAAGUGUUAAAAAUAGUUACUAAUACCAGUAGAUAGGUAGAAAUUAUUGCUUUUAGAAAAUAUAGAAUUCCUAGUUUUCAUUAAAAAAAAUACUAUUAAAGCAGUUGUUAAAACCACAUUUAUAUAUAAAUUCUACAUUACUUCUUUUAAUUUAUGGAAAAAGGACAUUUUUGUGACUACCAUAAAAUGGUUUUCCAUUUCCAUUAAUUGCGACAAUUACGCCUUUUAUAAUAUAUUUUGAUAAUCCGAACUGGGCAUGAAGCCAUUUAUGAUUUUAUUCUGGCUAAUAAUGGUUGCUAAAAACUUUUAGGAGCAAAAUAUGCUAUUUAUACAACUGUUUAUGAAAUUAUAUUGUAAUUAGGCGUAAACAAAAUUAUGUUUGUUUCCAGUUUCCCGACCUGCCCUGUUUUUUUACCCGACCCUAGGCAUUUCUAGUGCCUGGAGAAACAUAUUUUUUUAUUUGUUUGAAUUUAAUCUACCCCGGUAUUAAAACUUAAAAAUGAUGCUUAAACUGAGUGUAUCAAUUUUUAGGCCUUAAUAGAAAUUUAUGAUUUAUCAUGUUUGAGUAAAACAAUUCUACAGUGAAGCACUGGUUUUGGUAAUGCACACAUUUUUGCCUUAAAUCUCAUAACAAUUUAAACAGGUAUUUUAAGAAGGAGGUAUGUUUUAGCUAGCCAAGUAACAUUCAACUUAAUCAUAAUGAUUGUUUUUGUUUGACAUUGACAGAGCUGAAUGAUAUUGCUAUUUGUUUUUAAUUUUGAAGAAAAAAAUAUUGGUACAUUUAUUGCCAUCCUGUUUUUGUCACAUUAUGAAUCUUAUUGGACAUUUUAUCCUCUGAAGUAUGUUCAUUUAGAGGAGCCCUAUAAAUCUUACCUGAAUUAUUUGUUAAAUAAUGUCCCUUGAUCAACAAAGAAAUACAGACCAGUGUUUGAAACAGCAGACAAGGAUAGCAUCAUGUGAUCAGCAUACCCAAUGCUGGACAAGCGGUAGCAAUUGUUGACAAGUGUUAGCAACAUUGAACAAUUGUAGUCAACAGUGGACAAGCAUUAGCUAAGGUUGACAAGUGUAGGCAAUGGUUGAGAAGCGUUAGCAAUGAUUGACAGGCGUUAGCAACAGUGCAUAAGAGUAAGCUAAGGUUGGCAAGUGUAGGCAAUGGUUGAGAAAAGUUAGCACCGAUUGACAGGCGUUAGCAACAGUGCAUAAGAGUAAGCUAAGGUUGACAAGUGUAGGCAAUGGUUGAGAAGCGUUAGCACCGAUUGACAGGCGUUAGCAACAGUGCAUAAGAGUAAGCUAGUGUAGGCAACAAUGAACAAGUGUUAGUCAAAUUGUUUUGAUUAUCUUAUUUUCACAUAAUUCAAUAAAUAUUAUCCAACAUAUGAGCCUUAUUGUGCACAUUUGGGAUUUUAGACAUAAUGUUUACAAAUGAAAUAAUUAUUUAUUGUAAGUGCCAAAAUGUUUAAAACACUGAGUUUUUUCUAUGUGUUUUAUUAUCUUCCAAACUACCUUAUAUAAAAGGAUCAUUGUCAUUCUUGCAUUUUUUUCUUGAUGAUUUGUAACAAUAACUUAGCUCAUGUUUCCAUAUCAACCAACACUUUUUAUCCCAAUUAAAUCAACAUUAAUCCUACAAGUCUGUUUCAAAGGCCUAAUAGUUAAUAAAUCAUCAAAUCUUUCUCUACUUAUGUUUUAUAAAGAUUCUGUGCCUGUCAUUUCAAUCAUGUACUUUUUAAUGUGACAUGAAACUAUAAUAAUUGUUUUACAAUUAGCUAUGAACAUGUCUUAAGAUAAUUCCCAUAUUAAUCACUUUGAUUUUUACCAUUGUGAUGCAGUCAAUGAUGUAAAUGCUAAAAUGUUGAACAAUAAUGAUUUUUCUUGUAAUGAAUGAUCAUAAUACAGCUGUAAACUUUCAUCAGCAGUUAUCCAACAUGUAUUAACUUGUAACAAUGAAAUGGGGGGUUGAGCCAUCAUUGUUUCCCUUGUUAAUGUAUAUUUUAUCUGGAUGUAAAUCAUGUACAUAUAUAUACAUCUUAUUACCAUGCUAAAAAAUAAACGCAUAAUUUUA